GGGACGAUCGCUCGCGUCGGCCCGAACGACCUGAUCACCUCUUCGCCCGAGCUUCUCGUCUACAUGAGCGGCAUCCGGUCGCCGUACACGCGGACGGAGUGGUACUACCGCGCGUGCCGGCACAUGUCGGAGAAUGAUCACGUCUUUAGUGAGAUGGACGAGGAGAAGCACAGGGUGCUGAGGCAACGAAUGGGAGCCGGGUAUUCUGGUAAAGAGAACCUCGCGUUAGAGGACUCGGUCGACACACACGUGUCGGAGCUGGUCCAGCUCAUCCGGUCAAAGUACAUGUCCACAGAGUUCGCGGCACGGCCCAUGGACUUGGCCAUGAAGAUGCAGUACCUUACGCUCGACGUCAUCAGCAACAUCAGCUACGGCAAGCCCUUUGGCGACCUGCGCGCUGAUGAGGACAUGUUUGGCGUCGCCGAGUCAGCCGAAGUCGGCAUGACAAUCUUUACGUACAAGAUCGGCCUGGGCCUCUAUAAGAUCCUGCAAAAGCCCAUCGUGGCACGACUCCUCGGCCCCAAGGAGACGGACGCCUCGGGCUUCGGCCGCAUGUUCGCCAACGGCCGCGCCAUCAUCAAGGAGCGCCUGGCGCGCGACACGGAGAAGCGGUCCGAUAUGAUUGCCUCAUUUAUCCGGCACGGCCUCAGCGAGGACGAGAUCCUCUCCGAGACGACGCUGCAGAUGAUUGCCGGGUCCGACACCACCGCCGCGUCGCUGCGCAUCAUCAUGCUCUACCUCCUCACCCACGCCCGCGUCUACGCGAAGCUCCAGGCCGAGAUUGACGGGUACGUCAGGGACGGACAGAUUGGCUCCCGGCCGUCGGGCAUCGUCUCGGACGCGGAGAACAGGCGGAUGCCGUAUCUGCAGGCCGUCAUCAAGGAAGGCAUGCGCGUGCACCCGCCCGUGACGAAUAUGGAUCCCAAGCGGGUUCCGGAUGGAGGCGAUACGGUCGUCGUGAACGGCGAGUCGGUGUUCUUGCCCGGCGGGACGAACAUCAAUGCCGCGGCGUGGCCGAUGCACCUCAGCAAAGAGAUCUUUGGCGAGGAUGCGGACGAGUUCCGGCCUGAGCGGUGGUUAUUGGAGGAGGACGAGAGGCGGUUGGUGAAUAUGCAUCGGGUGCAUGAACUCAUCUUUGGGUAUGGAAAAUAUCAGUGCCUUGGCCGGCCCAUUGCGAUGAUGGAGAUUGGCAAGACUAUUUUUGAGGUAAGCUGA